AUGAUAUUCCUAUGCUACAUCUGCCCUUGGUUGUAUGAUCUAACGGUUUUAAUUUUUUAGUGCUUAGAUACUUGAAUGGUGCUUUAUGUUUACUGCCUAAAGCUUCUCGGUGCUGAGAGAGAUGUAUAGAGAAAAAAAAAAAUAGGCAUGUGCACGAAGUUCCCGCUAUGCAUGAGAUUCGGGGAAAAGCCGGACCAUAAGAUGGGGAGAGGAAAGAUAGAGAUAAAGAGAAUAGAGAACAACACAAAUAGGCAGGUGACAUUUUGCAAGAGAAGAAAUGGACUCCUCAAAAAGGCCUAUGAACUCUCAGUACUUUGUGAAGCUGAGAUUGCUCUUAUUGUUUUCUCCAGCCGUGGCCGCGUCUACGAGUACUCUAACAACAACAUUAAGGCAACUAUUGAUCGGUACAAGAAGGCAACUUCAGAAACCUCUAAUGCUUGCACCACUCAAGAGCUCAAUGCUCAGUUUUACCAACAAGAAUCGAAAAAGCUGCGCCAACAGAUACAGAUGAUCCAGAAUUCAAACAGGCAUUUGGUUGGUGAAGGCUUAAGCUCUUUGAACGUAAGGGAGCUGAAGCAGUUGGAGAAUAGACUUGAACGAGGCAUUACUAGAAUUAGGUCAAAAAAGCAUGAGAUGAUACUAGCUGAAACUGAGAAUUUGCAGAAGAGGGAAAUUCAACUUGAACAAGAAAAUGCAUUCCUCAGAUCAAAGAUAGCUGAAAAUGAGAGGCUUCAGGAACUAAGCAUGAUGCCUACUGGUGGGCAAGAUUACAGUGCAAUUCAGCAAUAUUUAGCAAGAAAUAUGCUUCAACUUAAUAUGAUGGAAGGAGGAAUUCCUUCCUAUCAUCAAUUGCCUACUGACAAGAAGUCCCUUGAGCUUCAUGAGUAGACCGACCUACCGUCUUUUGGCUUCCCAAGUAAAUUCCCACUAAAGCGCUUUCAGAAAAUAUUGAGGAAAUUUGGUGGUUGGAACUUAUGAAGUGUUCUCCAAUGAUUGUGUGUUGCUUAAAUUAUUACCUUAUUGGUGUAUUUGAAUUGUUUGCCAUUAUUGUGGGACUUGUAAGAAUUUGAACUGGUGGAUGCAUCAGCUUUGUUGCAUUAGACUUUGCAAACAACAAGCAAUUUUUGGCAAAACUUUUUAGGCAACGUCCCUCUUGAAUCUUGAUAUAUUAUAUGUCUCGAUAUUUCGAAUGCAA